GCCGCCGCCGCCAUUUUGUCUGGGAGUGGAAAUGUGAAAGGGAAAGAAAGCCUUAGUACAGCCCGCGGCAGGACGCACAGCGGAGCCGCCCGCUUUGCUCCGGGACGCAGCCCGCAGCGAGGGACAGCCGGGCUCACCGCGCACCGCCCCCGCUCCUGGCGCUGCCCCUGCUCGCGGCUGGGGGGCGCGCGGAGCCGGUGAGGGCUCGGACUCCUCCUCCUCCUCCUUCUCCUCCUCCUCCCCGCCGCCCUUCCCCGGGGAGCCGCUCCCGCCGCCCGGCCUCGCCGCGAUGUCGGGGCAGUCGAUCACCGACCGCAUCACGGCGGCGCAGCACAGCGUUACCGGCUCGGCCGUGGCCAAAGCCGUCUGCAAGGCCACGACACACGAGGUGAUGGGCCCCAAGAAAAAGCACCUGGACUAUCUAAUACAGUGCACAAAUGAAAUGAAUGUGAAUAUUCCGCAGCUGGCAGACACGCUCUUUGAGAGAACUGCAAACAGUAGCUGGGUUGUAGUGUUCAAAGCUCUAAUUACAACACACCACCUCAUGAUGUAUGGAAACGAGCGCUUUAUCCAGUAUCUUGCAUCCAGAAACACAUUGUUCAAUUUAAAUAACUACCUGGACAAAAGUGCCAUGCAGGGCUAUGAUAUGUCUACCUUCAUUAGGCGGUAUAGCAGAUACUUGAAUGAAAAAGCACUUUCAUACAGACUUGUAGCAGUUGACUUCACCAAAAUGAAAAGAGGGAUAGAUGGAGUAAUGAGAACCAUGAAUGCUGAAAAGCUUCUGAAAACCCUUCCGAUCAUACAGAACCAGCACGAUGCACUCCUUGAUUUUGAUGCAAAUCCAAAUGAACUAACAAACGGCGUUAUAAAUGCUGCCUUUAUGCUUCUCUUCAAAGAUUCCAUUAGACUUUUUGCAGCAUACAACGAGGGGAUUAUUAAUCUUUUAGAAAAAUAUUUUGAUAUGAAGAAGAACCAGUGUAAAGAAGGCUUGGAUAUGUACAAGAAAUUCCUAGCCAGGAUGACUAAAUUGUCAGAAUUCCUCAAAGUAGCAGAGCAAGUUGGAAUUGAUCAGGGGGACAUUCCAGAUCUUACUCAGGUCAGUGCACCCAGCAGCUUGCUUGAGGCACUGGAGCAGCAUUUGGCUUCACUGGAGGGAAAGAAAACAAAAGAAGUCUCCGCUGCCAGCAGAGCUAGUGCUCUAUCCUGUGCUGUUUCCACACUUGCCAACACAGGGAUGUCAUUGAGCAGGAUGGAUGAGAAAGAGAAGCAGCAGGCAUUGGAGGAGGAACAAGCUAGACUGCAAGCACUUAAGGAGCAGCGAUUAAGAGAGAUUUCUGUAGUAUCAAAUUCUACUUCCACAUCAGCAUCCCCAAGCACCUUAUCAGGAAAAAGUGUGAAUACCACUGCAGCUGUUGACCUCUUUGCAGUAUCAGCACCCACGACAAACAGCAUGCCCAACCUUUCUAGUGAUCUUUUUGAUCUUCAACCUGUGUUUGUUCCGACUGUGCAGGGUACUGCAGCUACAGCAACGUCAGCAGGCAGUGCCUGGGGAGGUAAGCUGAUUUGGUUUGAUUGGGUGAUGACUUUAGUUUGGUGGGUGAUUCCUUAGAAUAUAGGAAUGACUAACUCCUAUGAGUUUAUAGUUGAAUUAAGUUCA